AUGACUAUCAUUAGGUUACAUUAUAUUUGCAAUGAUAUUAAUUUGUGGUUCUCUUUAACAGAAGAGUAUUAUGCUUACCAAAAGGUACGGUGUGCCAGCUGGGAUAUGAGAACUGCGGAGUUAAUUAUCUCUGAGUACUUUAACAAGAUUGAAUACUUAAGAUUUAACAGCACUCUGAAAAAGUUCACUGGAUACACAGAAUAUGGAAUGUCAUUGGAAAAGAGGCUGAACAAUGACACUAAGGUCCUGCACAGAGUGUCUAUUGUCUUGAACGCCUACUGUAAACACUAUGGUUUAGAAUAUUAUCCUUAUGUAAAUAAGAGAGUGCAGCCAGAAGUCAAGCUCAGAUUAAUCAAGCAGGCCAGUGGCAGACAACCUGCCAUUUUAUUGUGCAGUGCCUACAACUUCUACCCCAAAGCUAUCAAACUGACCUGGUUAAGGGAUGGUAAACCAGUGAUCUCUGAUGUGACCUCCACUGAGGAGAAGGCUGAUGGUGAUUGGUACUACCAGAUCCAUUCUCACCUGGAGUACAUCCCCAAAUCAAGAGAGAAGAUCUCUUGCAUGGUAGAGCAUGCCAGCUUCAGUAAACCCAUGAUAUAUGACUGGGAUCCCUCCGGUACAGAGAAAAAGAAGAUUGCUGCAGGAGCCUGUGCGCUUGUAGUGGGGAUGACAGUAGCAGGUGCUGGGCUAUUACACUAUAGAAAAAAAUACAAAGGUCAGUGGGAACUGAAAUAUAGAAAAUUGGACUUUGAGGACAGAAUGUAG